UUAUCUGGAGAGUAAAUGGAUUUACUUCAUGUAUGUAUUUGUAUGUGCAUGUGUCGAGACCUAGUUUUUUACAGUCCUCUUGAUACUUUUAUAAAAUACUGUUUUUAUUUAGUAUUUGAUCUAUACUAUAUACAACAUGUGGAAAGACCAUUAGUUAUACCCUCAGCAAUGGCUUUCAAGAGUAACGAAGAGACAAUAAUCUGUUAUUUAAGGCAUAGCGUUGCCAUUGAUGUCUCUUUAUGUGGUUUAACUACUACAUUGACAAGAGAACUUUUUGCUGCUGGGAAUCCAAAAUUGUCUUUAAAAGUGGGGUCUGGUGACUUCCAUGUGACGUUAUAUAAUAAAUGUUGUGGUAGUAUACCUGAGUAUGCAUCUAGACUGUUGCAGUUGUUUACGAAACAAAAACUGGCGAAAAUAAAUGCCAUUGUUGGCAUUGAAAGUGGAAAAAUAAACCAUAGUUUAAUUAUUAUCACAAUAACUGGUAUCAUUGAUAAUGCCUUAUCUAUUUUAUCCAUUGUUCAAAACUACUAUGGUGUGCAAUUCAGGUCAUGUGUUUCAGUUCCUCCAGUACUUGCAGUUAAGCCAGGUAUUCGAGCCAUACUAAAAAAUAAUUUAAAGCGUCCCUCCCAGUCAUCGUCUGACAGUAAUUUACUGUUGUUGAAUGAUAAUGUGAAAGGUGGUAAUAAACUUAAAAAGAAGUUCCAGUCAGCCUCAACAAUGCCCAAUUUAUCAAGCCAAGUUAAAAUAGAAAAGGAUCUACUGAACAUAGGUCCUUUGCAGAAACAGUCAACCUCAUUUCCCCAAAGCAACAGUCUGGCAAGUUCAAGUUUAACCUUACCUGCUUAUUCCAAUUCCAUAAUCUCAUCCUUUGCAACAUUUUCUUCUGUUAAUCGGAAUGUCUCAAGAAUUUCUAAACCAACCGUUUCAAACAUUGUAGUGGUUACUUCUGCUGUUUGUGCAGCAAAUUUAUCCACAACUUUACCUAUGCAUUUUACUUCAAGCAGUUCUACAAACCCAGGAAGUACUCUCCAAGUUGUGCCAGCAGUGCCAAUUAAAACAAGUCCAGAAAACUAUAGUAGCACAGAAACUGGUGUAAGGCCACAAAUUGACUCCGUACUUGACCAAAUUAGAGCUGGUCUAUACUCAAUAAAUCGUCAAACAACAAAAGUUACAAAGGAAAACAUAUCUUCAUUAACUUUAAACCCUGCAGCAGGGGUUAUAAGCACAUGCUAUUCAAUGCAAGAGACUACAAGAAAACAAGGUGCUUUGGAUUGGUCAAAUAUUAGUGUGUCAAAGGAAAAAGACAUCAGCUUAGGUUCGAAAGUCUUGGAUGCAACAAAUAAUACAAUUAAACAAAAUGGUGUUGCACAAAGUAUCAAUGAAUUGGGAACUCCUAUGUCUAGUACAAUUCCGGUUUUAAAUAUAAUGAAUACAAGUAUGUCUCGAAAUAUUGGUACGGUACAGUCAAAUGCAAUUACUGCAAGCACUGUUAAUGCAAAUUUGGAAACUCUUGUUUACAACCAAAACAACAAAAUCGCCACAUCUAGUAGUAGUGAUCAACAAGCAUGCAGCUCUUCUAGCACCAAUAGCUCUUUUGCAGAGUUUAUGAAAAACAUGUUAACUUCAGAUAAUUUACAACCUCAAGAAAAUGGAAAUAUCACUGAAACUGGAGAACUCACGUAUGAUGGAGAGUCGACAAAUUUAACUAACAUUCCAGCAGAAAUAAUGAAAAAAUUACAGACUUUCAACCAAAGGCCUCAUAUUGAACAAUUCAGCGAAGGUUUAAAUUUGUUGGAUGAAAGGGGAAAGAUGUCUGUAUGUGAAUUUCUGCUGGCACGAGUUGAUUUACCAAGUGAAGGCAAUACUACAGAAGAUAUAAAGACUGAAUCGACAGCAUCAAUUAGCGUCCUACCAUACCUAAAUAACGAGUCUGGAAGUGAUUCAGACGAUGACAUAAAUUUCUCUGCCAACAUGAUUGCACGUCAUCAAAGAAGACAAAUAAAAGACCCUGUAGAACACAUAGGUGCUGAUGUCAAUGAAUUAUAUGAAGAUCCAGCGGAUGUAGCCUACAGAAAUUGGGGAUUGUUACCAACAGGUAGCGAUCCUGCUGAUCAAAUGUUUUCGCAAACUCCAGCACCAGUUGUGAAAAAAGACAAACUGGACGAACUUUUUGACUUAAUGUCAGAAUUUGACAAAGAAACUCCAAUUGAACCUUGUCAGGCAGUCCGUCAAACUUUAUUACCUCACCAAAAAAUGGCCCUAAACUGGAUGAUAGAACGCGAGAACACCAAAGAACUUCCACCUUUUUGGGAGUGUGUGUCUAUUGGACGUGAUUACAUAAAUAUCGCAACAGGAAAAAGAAUAUACAAGAAACCGCCAUGUGUUAAUGGUGGCAUUCUCGCUGAUGACAUGGGGCUUGGAAAGACCUUAACUGUAAUCUCCUUAAUCUUGACAAAUCAUGUUAAUGGCAAACCAAUGUUUCAUCAAAAAAAGGCACUUCCUUUUGAUGCAAGUGAAAUAGCAGGUAACAAUUAUUUACCAACAAAACAUAAAGGAGCAUCAAUUAACAUAAAGAAGAGAAAAGAUGGCUACAUCAAACCGAGUGCUACAACAAAAGCAGAUUUAGAGAAACCAGGUUUUAAAUUUCGUCAAAUGUACCUGCAACAAUUAAAUAAGGAUAAGAAAAAAAAGAAGAAGAAAAAAAAGGAAAAAGAACCAGAAGAUCAAAUGUUUAUUUCAGACAGUGAUGACGAUGAAAAAAAUCUGAGAAACAUAACAAAACAUGUUGACUCAGUGAUACGUGGUACUACCCUGGCUCUGUCGAAUCACACAUCUGGACAUAAUGGUAUGUUCGGAGAAAAGUCAAACGACCGAAAAGCAACACUAAUAGUUUGUCCAAUGUCAGUGUUAAGCAACUGGAUUAAUCAGUUGCAAGAACAUGUUGAUCCGUCUAUUAGCCUACAAAUUUACGUCUAUUAUGGCGCAGAACGUGUGCGGGAUGUGAAUUAUUUAAAGCAAUACGAUAUUAUUAUGACUACGUAUGGCACUUUAUCAUGCGACUUCAGGGGAAUACAGACCAAAGAAAAACCAUCACCGUUGCACCAAAUUAAUUGGUUGCGUGUUGUGCUUGACGAAGGCCAUAUCAUUCGGAAUUCAUGCUCAAAACAGACAAAAGCUUGUAUAGGACUGAUUUGUGAUCGAAGAUGGAUACUUACAGGCACUCCAAUACAAAACCGUAUGACUGAUUUGUUGUCAAUCAUAAAGUUUCUGCGACUGGAACCUUUUACGGAUCGCGGAUGGUGGUUUGAAUUUGUAGUUGAUUCCAUGAAAAGACAACCUAAACGUGGGGAAUUAAUUUUCAACCGAGUGUUCAAGAUUAUGAAACAUAUUGCAAUCCGUCGACUAAAGACCGAUAAACUGAAUGGAAAACCUAUUGUAAACCUACCAAGCCGUACUGUUAUCGUGCAAAAAAUUAAAUUUUCAGAAGAAGAACGUAAAGUCUACGAUGCUAUGCAUAAAGAUGGAAAGUUAAUUGUUUGCAAGUACUUCCGCAUGAAUGCAGUUUUGAAGAACUACGCGAAUGUUUUGGUGAUCAUCAUGAGGUUGCGUCAAUUAUGUUGCCAUCCCCAACUUUGUGCAAAAGCGUUGGAGAAGCUGCAGAAAGCUAUGGAUGUGAUGGAUCAAUUCCAUGAACAGAUGCAAGUUAACAAUGAUGUAACUGAUGACACAACAGGAGAAAGUCAAAUUAGUGAAGAAGAAAGAGAAAAAUUGAUACAGCAGUUAAUGCAAUUGUUGAUGGCUGGCGAUAGUGAGGAGUGCUCAAUAUGUCUUGGAAAUUUAACAGACCCUAUUAUAACGAGAUGCGCCCAUGUGUUUUGUACGAACUGUAUAUACGAAGUAAUUGAGAGUAAUGAGUUAAAAACAACCUGUCCAUUGUGUAGAGCUAAUAUUGAUACCGAUACUAUGGUGAAGGUACCAGCUGUUACUAAAAUUGAGGAGGAUGGAGGAAGUUCUAGUCAACACAAACUCACCGAUGACGAAGAUGAUGAUGAACCAUGGCAUUCUAGUGCUAAGGUUGACUUCGUAAUGGAAGCAUUAGAAACUCAACGGAAAAAGGAUCCCUUUAUGAAAAGCCUGGUUGUUUCUCAGUUUACUUCGUUUUUGGACGUGUUACAGAAACCAAUCAAAGCAGCAGGCUUUUCUUUUGUUCGUCUUGAUGGAACGAUGAGUCAACAAGCCCGAGCACGUGUGAUCGACGAAUUUAACAACAAAGACGACUCGUCGCCGACAUUGAUGUUGUUGUCUUUAACAGCUGGUGGAGUAGGGUUGAAUUUAACAGCUGCUACCAGAGUGUUUUUGUUAGAUCCGGCGUGGAAUCCAGCAGUUGAAGAGCAGUGUUUCGAUCGCUGUCAUCGUCUUGGUCAGACAAAAGAUGUACGAAUCAUCAAGGUUAUCGUUGAAGACACUGUGGAAGAUCGUAUGUUAAUAUUACAAAAACAAAAACGAGAGCUGAUGGCAAAAGCGUUUGGGAUGGCGCAGAAGAAUCCCGAAGAAAGAAGAGCCGCAGCUUUACGCGAUAUAGCUACUUUACUUGGAUUGGACCUUUCUUCCACAGCUGUUAGAGCGAACGCAGUAUCAGCCAGCAAUCGAAAGACGCUCCCUACUUAAGUAUAGUAGGACACCCCCCUCCCCGAUCAAUCAGGCGUGCUGAUUCAGUAAUUUCGUACUCAUGUAUCUAAUUAUAGGGGAGUCAAUCGCCGGCUUUUGGACCCCUAACUAAUUAGUAGUCCUUUAAUCAAUAGUUUUUAUACAUUCUAUUUCUUUACCAUUUCAACUUGUCCCCUCGACAAUUGGUUAGGGGGGGGUGGGGGCGUGUGGAUCUUACUACCGUUUUAUGUUAGUUUUCGCGGAUGUUAUUUUUCGCGAAACAAAUUCUAAAUUUGCGUGUAUUAAUUUCCUCGGAACAACAACCAAAACAAAGGUCAUUUAACCUUAUCGAGGAAGAAGUGAGUACCAGUUGUGACAAACUUCAUCUAUAUUUUUAUUGUCGACUUUCUGCCACGACACUCACACAGUUACGCGAUUUUUCUAUAAGCAACUUAGGAUUUUGCUCAGGUCUCAAGUUGCUGAUUUUUUUGUCGAUAUCAUUUAUAUCUGAAGUUGUUGAUAGUUGCUGAUUUUUAUUUAACUAUUUUUCGGGGGAAAAGCCCAUUUUUAGUAAAAGAAAGUUCCUUGAAAAUAAACUGCAACAAAGAAUUUUUUGUACUUUUUCUUUCCUUGAAGUUUUUUAUCCCAUUUUGUUAAGAAAGAAUGUCUCAUUUUUUUCCGCAACAAAUAAACCUUCGUAUUGCUUGUGCUUAUAUUUGUACAGAACUAAAGUUGCUUAAUAAUUUUUUAACUCUAGACUUGCUCACAAUUUCAUUUCGUCUUAUCAUGGUCUUAUCAUAGAUUUGUAAAUUAAUGAAAUGAAAAGAUUCAUAAAUACACCAACUAAAACUUCCUUGAUUCUUUCAGUUCUAAUUUUCACCGCAAGGCUAGAUUAGAUUUCGUUUAAUACGUAACCAUACUCAAUGUUAGGUUUUCAGGUUUUUUGUGCAACACGAGGAGAUUAGUAAGCGCAAGUACAAAAAGGUUUCCCUCUUGGUGGUGAUUUAGACAAACGGGGUAGUUAAUUUGUUCAGGACAAAAUGAAGAAAACCUGUCUUGAGUAUAUAUAUAUAUAUAUUUAAUUUUUGUACAGUUAUAAAUAAGUAAAAAGUUUUUAAAACAUUGUAUAUUAAAAGUCGACGUAUUUGUAAUAUUAGAUGUAACACUUUGUCAACCUUUUCAAUUUUUUCUCAUAGCUUGUUGUGAUAUGAUAGAAGUUAGAUUUUUUGACUUUUCUGAUACGGCGUUAUUGUAGCAAGUUUCACGCACGCGCAUCUGUAAAUAAUUUGACAAGCUUGAGCGAGAUUGUUUCCGGAACGAUGUUUUGUAUUUUCA